AUGGGCUCCAUGCUCUAUAGGCAACUCCUGCCACCGGCUCUGCCAUUCAGAAACAUUUUAGGGACAGAAAACAUUGGAAGUAACGAGAUACGAUUGCUGAAGCUUUUGCCAGGAGACUGCUGGGACGCAGUCAGCCUAUUGUCCCAAACGACGAGUUCUCAACCAUUGAAAUGCACGGUUAAAGUUGUGAAAUUGCAGGAGGGUAUGCCAGAAUACGCCGCCCUCUCGUAUACUUGGGGAAACGUGGAUGACCGCGUUACGAUUCAAUGCGAUGGUCAGUUGCGCAGUAUCACUCGCAACUUGUAUUCCGCCCUUGACGCCAUCAGACGCCUUCCAUCCCGCCCUACCAGCUAUAUCUGGGCUGAUGCAAUAUGCAUAAACCAGAACGAUGACAAGGAUCAGACCAAACAAGUAAAACUGAUGACGGAAAUAUAUCAGAGGGCAUCACAGGUCUUUGUCUAUCUAGGUGAAUCAGACUCUGACGUGGAGCCGGCCCUUGCAGCGAUGCGCAGGUCGGCCUCCGCUAUAUUUACUCACCCCAACGCCGCUGUAGCACAAAUGACACUGCAAGACUGGCGGGAACUGGGUUAUCUGUCUAUCGAGGAGGCGAAGUUCCAAGUGCGAGCGUUUUACAAGUUCUUGCAAAGGCCCUGGUUCGCUCGGAUGUGGUGUAUCCAAGAAUACGCAGUGGCGAGGUCUGUGGUCUUCCUUUGUGGGGGCCAUCAGAUCCUAGAGCCGGACCUGUUGAACGCGGGUGCGUGGCUUGCGACCUCUUCAGCUGGUGUCACUGCAGCGGGGUGGGGCUCGAAUCCGAUGAUAUUGUUACAUGAAAUCAAGGCGGAAAAGGAGGUUGCGCUCAAGCGACCCUUAAUCAAUCUUUUGGCUGAAUUCCGUUACCGCGGGGCACAGAGGCCACAUGACAAGAUUUACGCCUUGUAUGGAUUGGCAGCCGAUUGCGGUACGGGGACAGAGGCGUUGGAGAUUGAGCCAGAUUAUGAAACUCCCGCUCCGCAGGUGUACAAAGAGCUGGCCACGCAAUUGUUGCACAGAGACAGAAGCCUCGAGGUCAUGACACUAGCGGGAGUCUAUGACCCUGCUGUCCCUCCGGGCAUGAUAAGACGGCGAUAUCCGUGUCUCCCAUCUUGGGUCCCGGACUGGCGCGUGCCGGACAACACUAUCUCUGUGCAGCUGCUGGAGUAUAGGAGACUUCCUCGAUGUGAUUCUUCACCCACCAAGUCUCCUACCUACCUGUUUCCUUUCGAUAAUGAUCCCACCGAGUUCCGAGCGUCCGGUAAUACCAUAUAUACCCCGGCGUUCUCGGAUGAUGGGAAUAGCCUCGGGGUGCAGGGGAUGAUCCUCGACUCUAUUAGAGAUAUUGGCGUUGUAAACGAUGAAUACGUGUCUGUUCCCCAGCAGUGGUGGCGUGAGCCUUCACUGCCCGAGCUCUUGGACAAGGUAUCCAGGAACGCCGAUCGCUUCUGCAACUGGAUUGACCUUGUCGGCGGCGAGUCAGACUGGUACUAUUUCAACAGAGAGCCGAUGCUAGACGUGUUUUGGCAGACGAUGCGAUGCGGUCAUCACCCCCACGGAUUCCAGCGAGAGAGGCAAGAUUUCAUGAACUGGUAUCAUUCAGUCAAGCCUAUUAUGGACAUUGUUCGACGCUGCCGUUCUCAGCCAUGGGAUAGAAAUACCAUGAUCAUGGAAUAUAACAACUACGCACUCUCAAUGGGUAUCACUGGACCGCCGAUUUCAUUCCUUGAUCGAACGGCCCACCACACGUGCAAUCGUGCCAUCUUUAAUACAAACCACGGGUAUGUAGGCAUGGCUCCCAAAGGCAGUAGAGUUGGUGAUCAAGUCGCAGUCUUCGAGGGCGGCAGUGUACCAUUUAUCAUUCGGCGAUGGGGCCAGAAUUGGCAUAUUGUUGGAGCGUGCUAUGUUCAUGGCUCUAUAGGCACGGGGGAGGCGGACACACUACCCUGA